CACACUCAUAUUUAUACACACAGGCGCACACGCUGCUGUCCUCAGCCGGUGCGCCGACUCGCUGGAGGAAACAUGGCGGUCAUCAGUAAAUACUUGACAGCAAAGAAUUCAUCAAUAGCCGGCGGGAUCCUGGUAGUUUUAUACCUGCUGAAGCAGAGACGGAGGUCCGCCAGGCUGAACAGCAAAAAAGGCUCAUCAGAAGCAUUAAACAAUGACGUCAAGAAAGACCGGGCAGCUGUGGACAAAGUGUUUUUCAUGCGAAUAUGUCGAAUCGUCAGGAUCAUGGUGCCACGGCUCUUCUGCAAAGAGACAUGGUACCUGACCAUGAUUGCAGUGAUGUUAGUGGCUCGGACAUAUUGUGACGUUUGGAUGAUCCAGAACGGCACAAUGAUUGAAAGUGGUAUCAUAAGCAGAGAUAUCACACUGUUCAAAAGGCACUUUUUUUCCUACAUUACAGUCAUUCCCUGGAUUGCCUUGGUAAACAACUUGUUGAAGUUUGGCUUGAAUGAACUGAAGCUCCGCUUCCGUGAAAGACUCACCAAACAUCUUUAUGAUGAGUACCUGAAAGGCUACACCUACUACAAGAUGGGCAACCUGGAUAAUCGAAUUGCCAAUGCUGAUCAGCUGCUGACCCAGGAUGUCGAAAGGUUCUGCAACAGUGUGGUGGACCUGUACUCCAAUCUUAGCAAGCCUCUUCUCGAUAUUGGGCUGUACAUCUUCAAGCUGACAACUGCUAUCGGCGCACAGGGCCCUGCUACUAUGAUGGCCUACCUGCUGAUCUCAGGGCUCUUCCUGACGAGGAUGAGGAGACCUAUUGGAAAGAUGACCGUGACUGAGCAGAAAUUUGAGGGAGAGUACCGAUACGUCAACUCUCGGCUCAUCACAAACAGUGAAGAGAUUGCCUUCUACAAUGGGAAUGUAAGGGAGAAACAGACCAUCCAUUCUACCUUCAAAAAACUGGUUGAUCACUUGCACAAUUUCAUCUUUUUCCGCUUCUCUAUGGGCAUGGUAGACGACAUCAUUGCUAAGUACUUGGCCACAGUAGUUGGAUAUCUGUCUGUGAGUCGUCCAUUUUUGAACCUGGCGGACCCAAGGCACCUUAACAGCACACAUUCUGAGCUGCUGGAGGACUACUAUCAGAGUGGUCGUAUGCUGUUGCGCAUGUCCCAGGCCCUGGGUAGGAUCGUGCUUGCGGGCAGAGAAAUGACAAGGCUCUCAGGGUUUACCACCCGCAUCACAGAGCUUAUGAAGGUUCUGAAGGAUUUGAACUCUGGGAAAUAUGAGCGCACCAUGGUCUCUCUGUCAGAGAAAGAAACAGAUGCCCUUGAAAAAUUAACCUUAGUCCCUGGAAGUGGGCGGAUUAUCAACAUAGACAACAUCAUCAGAUUUGAACAUACACCAUUAGCAACACCCAAUGGAGACGUUUUGAUCAGAGACCUCAGUUUUGAGGUGAAAUCUGGCACCAACGUUUUGGUGUGUGGGCCCAAUGGCUGUGGGAAAAGCUCACUCUUCAGAGUCCUUGGAGAACUCUGGCCCCUGUUUGGUGGGAGUUUGACAAAACCUGAGAGAGGGAAGCUUUUCUAUGUCCCUCAGAGGCCGUACAUGACUCUCGGCUCGCUAAGAGAUCAGGUGAUCUACCCCGACACUUAUGAGGACCAGAAAAAGAAAGGGAUUUCAGAUCAGGUGCUGAAAGAAUACCUGGACAAUGUGCAGUUGGGGCACAUUCUAGAUAGAGAGGGUUCUUGGGAUGCUGUUCAGGAUUGGAUGGAUGUUCUCAGUGGUGGAGAGAAGCAGAGGAUGGCGAUGGCUCGGCUGUUCUACCACAACCCUCAGUUUGCCAUUCUGGAUGAGUGCACCAGCGCUGUGAGUGUGGAUGUUGAGGACUACAUCUACAGCCACUGCAGGAAGGUGGGCAUCACUCUGUUCACAGUUUCCCACAGAAAGUCUCUCUGGAAGCACCAUGAGUACUACCUCCACAUGGAUGGGAGAGGGAACUAUGAUUUCAAGCCCAUCACUUCUGAGACGGUGGAGUUUGGCUCAUAGUACAUAGAGCCACAAAACCCACAGACCUCCAGCUGUGAGGCCUAGUACUAGUGCACUUCAAGAGUUGCUAGCCAGCUGAGUACAGCAUUUUGUUUUUAAUCACUUGCAACCUUUUCUGUUCAUUUUUGAUGAAGCUAUGUUUAAAAUAUCUGGUAUCCGUUAACACUACUAUUUUGUCUUCCACGAUUGUAUAAUUGUAUAAUGUGUAAUUUAAGGCACGGUCCAGUUUACUGGACAGCCACUAAAAAGAAUAGUGAAUGGGCUAAUCUCAAAGAGUUGUGUUCACGUGCUACUAGUGAACUGAAUCACGUUUUAAGAUGAAAUGAUGAAAUAGAAUUAAGUCUGUGAGAAACCUUAAAUGAAAUCAAUACCUGUGGACUGAACGUUGAUGUUUAGUCCUGAUCUUUUGGGGGUGUUUAGUGCUAGAGUACUAACAAUGCCUUUUUGACCCCAGGUACACUAUUCGUUAUGUUUGUCAAGCUACUAAGUGGCCUUAGUACUUACUGUAGUGACUGGUGGUGGGUCGAUUGUGUGGCCCAGUGAGGUGGUUUGUUUGAGCUGUUGCCGAAGCAUGUUUACCUUUACCGGUAAAAAAAAGAAAAAAAAAUGAGAGCGGAAAGAGCGGAUUGCACUGAUUUGCAAACCAGAAAGCCUUGUUCAGCAUACUGUAUGUGUAAUUAUGGAAUGGCUGCCUGUAUGCACCCUUUUUUUUUUUUUUUUUUCUGAGCAAACUGUAACAUUUCUCAUUCUCUCUGUGCUAUUAUGUAAUGACUCUGUAGACAACUGGUUUUAUACACAGAAGACGUUAGUAACGUAGUAACACAGCACUAAAACAGUAAAAGAGUCCAUAGACUGGCAAUGAUCUCAUCCAUCAUUAAAAGAAAAUCCUUUCAAAUAA